AUGGGCUUCCUAGAAUACCGGCAGCACAAGGCCGAGUGCCAGCGUAAACAAGCCGAACGAGCGUCGAAGAUUGCAAACCUCCCUCCUACAUACAAAGGUCCUCUCUCCUCGCAAGAACGAACUAUCCUCGGCAAACCCAUCCAGGAACUUGUCCAAGAUGUGCACAAGCAAGUCACCAGUCCCGUGGACAUUCUACGCGCAUACGGAAAGGUUUCGAUCAGAGCACAACAGAAGACAAAUUGCCUGACCGAGAUACUCUUCCCCGAAGCAGAGGAAUGGGCAACCCAUCAAGUCAACUUGAAGGGCCCGCUUGCCGGUAUCCCCGUCUCGCUCAAGGACUCGAUCCAAGUCGCAGGCUUCGACUCGUCCGUCGCCUACUCGAGAAAUGUAGGCAAACCCUACACGGAAGACGGGGCCAUGGUGAAGAUGCUCAAAGAUGCCGGCGCAGUCCCCUUUGUCAAAACUGCAUUGCCCACCACCCUCCUCUCCUUUGAAUCCACAAACGACGUCUGGGGCCAGUGCAAAAACCCUCACAACGACAAGUACUCGCCCGGCGGCUCCACCGGCGGUGAAUCCGCCCUCCUCGCCUUUGGCGGCAGCCGCAUAGGCAUAGGCUCCGACGUAGCAGGCUCCGUCCGCGUCCCCGCCCACUUCUCCGGCUGCUACUCGAUCCGCUGCUCGACGGGCCGCUGGCCCAAAGUCGGUAUGAACACCAGCAUGGCCGGCCAAGAGGCCAUUCCCAGCGUCUUCAGCCCCAUGGCUCGCUCCCUCAACGACCUCACCUACUUCACCCGCGCCUUCAUCCAAAUGAAACCCUGGACCUACGACUACACCGUCCACCCGCUCCCCUGGCGCCAGGACAUGGAGGACGAGUACGCAGACGACAACAAGACCCUCCGCAUCGGCGUCAUGCGAACCGACCACGUCGUCGACCCUUCCCCAGCCUGCGCCCGCGCCCUCGAUCAAACCGUCACCGCCCUCCAAGCCGCCGGCCACACCGUCUUCGACGUCUCCCCGCCAUCCCCCUACUCCGCUUUGCAAAUCGCAUCCCACCUCCUCCUCUCCGACGGCGGCCAAACCUUUCUCUCGCACUUUCGAACCGGCGAGUCAAACGACCCCGGCGCCGCCCAAAUGGUGCGCUACAUGCGCCUUCCCCGCUUCCUCAAGUACGCACACUACCUGUGGGUCAAGUAUGUGCGGCGCGACCCCGUCUGGGCAGGCCUGAUUCGCAAUUGGCACCCGAAAUCAGCAUAUGAGUAUUGGCAGCUCGUGGGCAGGCGGGAGGCGUACAAGGCGCGGUUCUACGAGUGGUGGGAUGAGCAAGAAGGGGGCAUGGAUGUAUUGCUGACGCCACCGAAUGCGACACCUGCGGUACCGCAUGGGGCCAUGCAUGAUGCGUUUAGUAGUUGUGGAUAUACGUUUUUGUUUAAUUUGCUCGAUUACUCCGCCUCCAUCCUCCCAAUCACCCACGUUGACCCCGUCAAAGACGCCCUCCCACCUUCCUUCUCCCUCUCCUCCCUCAACAGCGUCGCCCGCGGUGCCUACAAGCACUACGACGCACACGCCAUGGCGGGCCUGCCCGUCGCUGUGCAGAUUGUGGGACGCCGGCUCGAGGAGGAGAAGGUGCUUGCGGUUACGGGGCGGGUGGAGGAUGCGCUGGAGCGGUUUGGAGGGGGGGCGUAUGUGGGGUUGGAUGUUGAGUAG